GCGUUCAGUCCGCCCCAAGCAGCGUGGCAGAAGGGGUGCAGAGUGAACCACGGCGGGCACACGUCAUACACGACAGACGGAGACGUGAAAUAACUCCCCUCUAAAACAACGGAUACGUGAAAUAGCUCCCCUCUCAGACAACGUGCUGCCCAUGCAACAAGAACGUGACAUAACUCCCUUCUCAGUCAACGGUCACGUGAAAUGGCUCCCCUCCCAGACACCACACGCUGAUCUGUUGUUGCUACGGUAACGCCCAAGCCGCCGAGCUGGUUGGAUCUGGUUGGUGGAAAAGGAGGAGGGAAGGGAAUGAGGGAGUGAGGGUGCAGUGGAAGGCCAAGCAGACACAACGGCGCUUUGUAUCGACGAAGGCGCGGCAGGGAACGGACGUCGGCGCUUGGGUCCCCGCCUGACAAACACACGCGUUCUCUCUCUCACCCUCUCUCUCCCUCUCUCAUUGAUCCAAGUGUUGUGUCAGCCUGUCAGUCGGUAUCCAGACCUCAGCACACCCUCAGCCGCCCUCCCGACAGCUUCCGACAGCAGCUCAAGAUGUCGGAAAAGACCCUCAUGAAGCAGAACAGCAACUCCGCCAAGUCGUUCCUCGCCAGCCAGUCUGAUAGUCAGCGGAAGGGCAGCGUGGACUCCUACAGCCAGGUCACGCCGCGGCUGCUGCUGGCCGUGGCCGUGAGCAUUCUGGGCUCCUCGCUGCCCGGUGGAUACUGCCUCGGGGUCAUCAAUACGCCACAGGAGACCAUACGGCGAUGGCUGCGGGGCGUCGUUCUCAACUCCUACGGCCUCGAGCUGACGGAGAAGGGGGAGGUGUCGCUAUGGGCCGUGGUGGUCUCCAUAUUCGUCGGCGGUGCCAUCGUUGGGGCCUCGGUCGGCGGGAGAGUGACAGACGCCGUGGGCAGGAGGACCGCCAUGCUGCUCAACCAUCUCCUGUGCAUUGUAUCAGCCUUCUUCCUCCUCUUCUGUAAAUUCGUGGGCUCGGCGGAGUUACUGGUAGUGGGCAGGUUCACGUCUGGUCUCUAUACAGGCCUCGCCACCUGCAUAGUUCCGCUCUACCUGUCGGAGGUGGCGCCAUUCAAGCUGAGAGGCGUCAUGGGUGUCAUAUUUCCCAUGGGCAUGAGUGUGGGGGUCCUCAUUGCUCAGGUGCUGGGGUUGGAGAGCAUCUUGGGCACCGAGAAUGGCUGGCCGUUCCUGCUGGGGGGCUUCAUGGUGCUGCCGGCGGUGGCGGUGCUGGCUCACCCGCUGCUGCCGGAGUCCCCGACCUAUUGUUACAUUGUGGCGCAGGACGAGACCCGAGGACUGAAAGAGCUCCAUCGCCUGCGUGGGAGCGACAACCUGCUGGUGGAGGCGGAGGAGGCGGCGCUCAAGGUCUUGGCCCACCAGAUGAAGGACGACCAAUGGAGAAACAACUGGAGUGCCAUGUGGUUACUCCGUUCUAGCACGUACCGCCUGCCACUCCUACUCACCAUGAUGGCCAACGCAGCGCAGCAAUUCUCAGGCAUCAACGCUGUGAUGUACUACUCCACCCUCAUCUUCCGGGACGCUGGCCUGGACCUGCAUCAGAGCCAGCUGGCGUCCAUCGGGGCCGGCGCCAUCAACGGCCUCAUGAGUGUGCUGGCUCUGUCCCUCGUAAGGCACUGUCGGCGGAGGGUGCUGCUGCUGACAUCCAUGGUGCUGUGUGCUGUGUGCCAGGCCAUGCUGAUCGUGGCGCUGUGGUUCCUGCCGACAGCCCCCUGGGCCUCCUACUGUGCCAUCUUCGCCCUCAUGGCCUAUAUCACCAUGUAUGCCAUCGGUCUGGGCCCCAUCCCCUUCAUGCUCCCGACAGAGCUGUUCCCGGUGGGGCCUCGGUCGGUGGGCAUCGCGGUGGGCGGCACAACCAACUGGCUGAGCAACAUGGUGGUGGGGCUGACCUUCCCUCUCAUCCAGGCAGCGAUCGGGGAGUUCUCCUUCGUGCUCUUCAUCGCCUCCUCCAUUGUCCUCGGCUCCGUCAUGUACAGAUACCUCCCUGAGACUUUCGGGAAGGGGAUUUUAACCGAGUCCAAGGAUGAACUGAGCAGCGAGUCCAGCAAGAAGACCACAUUGGACCUCGCCAUCGACAACCCCUCGGCGGUGUGAGGCAUCCGUCCCGCCCCACCCUCUCUCACCCGCCAAUCUUUCAAACUCAGCCGUGUCGGCAAUGUUAUGAACUGCCGCCGCCAUCAUGAGGAAGAAGAGUAAAGGGAGAAGAUAAAGAAAAAUUAAAUAUCUAUGAAUAACAGGAGAAAAAGAAGAAAAAGAAGAAGAAGACCAAGAAAAAGAGGAAGAACAAGUUGUAGAACAAUAAAAGGAACAAAUAGAAUAAAAAGAUGAAAAGUUCGCCCAAGUUCGUCCAGCCAUCAAGUUCUCCCAGCACUCAGGAACUUACUAUAUGUACUUCAGACCCUUCUAUGAGCCUUUAUAUCAGUGGUUCCCAGCCAGAGGUCCGUGGAAGAAUUUCAAGGGUCUAUAGGGAUUCUAAUUAUGUUUAACCAGUUAGCAGCAACGGGACAAAUUUGUGGAUUUACCGUGUACCAGCGCUGGACGGGCCAAAUUUUUGCCAUGAUAUAAACCCCAAAAAUAGAGGAUGCAUAAACUUAUCACAAAUGUGUUGAUAUAUAUUAUGAAAUGGUUUGCAUGAGUGAUGAUUUUUUCUUAUUAUUCUCGCUUAGAGGGGCCUUUAAGAAACACGAUCCCUGCAGCUACCGCGUUCAAUUUAUUAUACUGGAAUUAGGAGACAUGUAGUUCAGAAUAAAAUUUAUACUACUGUACACAAUCCUUAAAACUGAAUGCUUGAAUGCUAGAAUUGCUCUACAUUAGCUAACGGUACCAGGGGUGUCAAACUCACGGCCCACAUGACAAAUUUAGCCCCUGGGAUGGUACUGAGUGGCCCGCGAGAUGUAGGGUCCACAGGUGAAAGUGACUGGAUAAAGGGGAAUGGGUCAAAAUAGGCUGGGAACCUCUGCUCUAUAUGGUCUGAGUCUGACUUUCCUUCUCUUGUUACUGACCCACAUCUAUCUCUAAGGGUGAGGAGGAUGAGGAAGACAGUAACAGGGAAGGUCUCAACACUGUACCUAAGCGGAGAUAUAUUACCUCCACGCCUUCCAGGGUCGAUAAUUAUGCAUGAAAAGAAGCAUGAAUAACCACCUUUUCAGUAUUUAUAGUUUACAUUAAUUCACCACUCUGUCUCAAUCACCAAUGGUCUCAACACUGUACCUAAGUGGAGAUAUAAUAUUAUUGCCUCCAUGCCUUCCAGGGUCGAUAUUUAUGCAUGAAAAUAAGUGAAUAACCACCUUUUCAGUAUCUAUAGUGUACAUUAAUUCAGCUCUCCGUCUCAAUCACCAAUGGUCUCAACACAGCACCUAAGUGGAGAUAUAAUAUUAUUGCCUCCACGCCUUCCAGGGUCGAUAUUUAUGCAUGAAAAUAACCAUGAAUAACCACCUUUUCAGUAUCUAUAGUGUACAUUAAUUCAGCUCUCCGUCUCAAUCACCAAUGGUCUCAAUACUGUCCUAAGUGGAGAUAUAUUACCUCCAUGCCUUCCAGGGUCUACAUGCAUGAAAAGAAGCAUGAAUAUACAGUGCAUUGAUUCAUUCCCAUUCACCAUACAAGGAUGACUGCACGAGGCUCCCAACUCUGUCAUAGUGAAGCCGGAUUGGCGAUAUAAUGACAAUAUUCCCUUCCCUUCCCUUGCCUUGGAUGUAGUGAAUGCCAAUUGAAAUGGUGUGUGUGUGUGUGUGUGUGUGUGUGUGUGUGUGUGUGUGUGUGUGUGUGUGUGUGUGCGCCAGUC